AGAGAGAGAGAGAGAGAGAGAGACCUGGGGUAGCCAUGUUGGCGGGAAAACGAUCUUCUUAAUUUCCCCCCUCCCAGCAUCCAUCGAGAAGUUUCUUUCUUUCUUGCUGCUCUUGUUCGUCUUCCUUCCUUGGAAUAAGGACCCGAAUUGCGGAACCUAUAUCCCAUUAAAAAAAAAUUACACAGCCCCAUCCGUUCGUCAUCUUCAAAUUUCCUCAAAGUUCGUAUCUUUCUUCCUCUUUCGUUAUUAAUCUCUCCCUUGAUUCGGCGAGUCUUCGGGAUCUUCGAGUCUGCAUCAUCAGGGUUGGGCUCGAAUUCGUGGAAUUUCUUGUCAAAACCCUAGCUUUGGUUCGGGUUUUGGUGCUCGAUUGUGCGCCAUCUGGCAAGUGAGCUCCUGAUGGUGAAAACAAUGUCAAAAGAAGAGCCCUCGAAAGUCACUCGAAGAGCAACGAGGUUGUCUUCUUCAGUGACUGUUUCCAAGGAUGAGGUCGAGAACCUCAAGCCCAAUGAAUCCCAAAGGCCAACGCUUGAUGAUCUUACAUUUGGUGAAGAAUCUAUAAGCUUAGAUUCUGUUUUGUCUAGUUUUCCUGGUAGGCAUUCUCAGAUCCUUGGUCUUGUUCGCCUUUUGGGUCCUUUGGAUUCUCCAACUCUUCCUAUAAUUAUCUAUGGAAGUGCUUCUACCGGAAAAACCAGUGUCGUUCUUCAGGUGUUCAGGCAUCUCAAUCGCCCAUUUGUUUAUUCAAGCUGUCUUACAUGUUACAAUCCCCGCAUCUUGUUCGAGUCGGUGCUGAAUCAGCUGCUGCUGCAUAGGAAGAAUGCUUCGAAUGAGUAUUCUAGUGCUAAACGAUGUGACAAACCUUCUGAUUUUGUCAACUUGCUUCGAGAGGCCCUAUGUAAUGUGGUAGACAAACUCAGUUGCACAACUGAAAAGUCAAGAAAGGGUGAAUCGGAUGGAAAACCAAAGGGAAAGAUGGUGUACCUGAUACUCGAUAAUGUAGAUCUUAUCAGAGGUUGGGACAAGAGCUCUAUGAUACUGCAGUUUCUUUUCAAUCUGUAUCACAUAUUGCAGAUGCCUCAACUUGGUAUAAUUCUGAUUAGCGGGGUGCCUCCAGAUGUGUAUUACUCCAACAUGGGGUACACAGAACCGAUACCUGUUUAUUUUCCAGAGUACUCUGAGGAUGAUCUCCGUAAAAUUUUCUUGAGAAACCAAGCUAAUCGGAAGCUAUACUCUGCAUUCCUCGAUGUUGUACUGAGAUCUUUCUGUAGAGUCACCAGGCGAGUGGAUGAACUGUCAGCGGCAUUCUCAUUGUUGUUUAGAAAGUACUGUGAACCCCUUACUGAUUUGGGAAUUGGACCAAAUGAAGAGAUGAAAAGAAGAUUAUAUAGCCAUCUUCAACCACAUAUUCCUCCUUGUCUAAAUGAGAUAUUCAUGGUGUCAUCUCAGCCUCCAAAUGCUGACACCAACGGGGAGAGAAAGCGGAGAGCCAGCUGCAACACCUCGGAGAGCCGAGAAGAUCUAGAGAAACUAGACUUCCAUAUGUCUACUUCAGCAAAGUAUCUUCUCAUUGCAGCAUUUCUUGCUUCGAGAAACCCUGCCACACUUGAUGCAUCAAUGUUCGAUUCCACUGGUGGCUUGGAUAAUCGUAAAAGAAAGCGGAAGGCGUCGGAGAAAUCGAUGGAGAAGAAGGAGAUAGCUGAGCAGGAAACACUUAUGAAAGGACCGGGAAGUUUUCCGCUGGAGAGAUUAUUGGCCAUAUUUCAGUGUAUAGCCUCUGUAGAGGAAUCUUCAUUCGGUGAAGAAACGAGUGGCUCUGGGGACGACGUUGAAGAUGGCAACAUUCUAAUGUCGGAUAUUCUGCUGCAAGUGUCAAGCCUCUGCGAUGCUAAUUUCAUAACCAAAAGUGGGAGCUGCCCUCUUGAGGGUUCGACCAGAUACCGUUCUACAGUAUCUGAAGAGUUGGCCCUAAAGGUGGCAAGAAGCCUGGGGUUUCCUCUAUCAAAGUACUUGUACAGAAGAUAAGUGCAGAGCUUUGGGAGAGUUUUGUUCCUUUUAUUUCUCUAAGGAGAAGACUGUUCAUUGACUUUGGGCUUUCAGAGAGUUGUUCACUCUGAUCCGAUUGGGCCGUUCAGCGUUUGACAAAUACCCAAAUCGAACAGAAAUAUUUGCUAUUUAUUGUUUUAAUUUUAUUGAAAAUGCCUUUCUUACUAAUGAAAUAUGUGUAUGUAUAUUUCAUGGAUGAUUAAGACAUGAUUUCCACAUUUAUUUGUUGACAAC